ACUGAACAGGGUGCAGCUAGUCUGCUGUGAAGACAUUUAUUCGUCUUUAUUAUUUUGUCUUUUGGGGAGCUUUGGGUUAAAGUAGGGAAAUAAUAACUGCAUUAAAAAGCAAGAGAAGAAGGGACUAGGAUGGGUGGGAUGUGAAGGGAAUGUAGCAUGUCAUGUGCUUUAGCAAAGGCAGUUUCAGCAGCAAGUCAUUAAGUCAGACUGCACCAUUUUCUUCUCACCCUGUAAUGAGGUGAUGCUGGCAGCUGCAAAGAGCUACCCACCCCCAGCGACCCACCCACCCACCUACUUUUAGCAGCUGUACAGAGGUGGCUCCGUACUGGCUCUCGACCCUGAAAACACAGCCCUUCUGGACGAAUCUCAACCGACCUUUUUCAGUGUGGUGAAAUUGGCUCCUAGGCGGGAUUUUCCUUUAGCUGUCACAGCCUGCUGUCAUUGAGGCUUCUGCUCGGUAGCUGUUUGUGCUGCGGUGUACAUGUCCCUCCCUACAUUUGUGGGUCUCUGUGGAGAGCAAGAGAGAUUCUUAAAUCUAGACAUGCCUGUGUUCUGCUGAAUUGUGGAUGCUGCAGAGACUGGAGUGGACCUGUGACCUAUCGCAACGUGCUGGAGGAGGAAGAGGGAGGGGGAAAGGAUUGCACAGUGAAUUCCUGGCUUCCAGCAUCAUUUCAGCAGUGCCCUUCUGAGAUCGACACAUUCUUCUGGAUACCUAGGAGUACUAGGAAGUGAAUCCUCUAAGCAGGUGUCCCCUUUGCCAAAAUGGCUCACGCAGCUGCUUCUAUUAAAAAGGUCCGUGAAGCUGAAAUUGAUGAAAAGGAGAAGGAAAAAGAGAGGGAGAGGGAGAAGAAAAGGCAGAGGAGAAUCUCUAGGGAAAAUCGGAAACGCAAGUCUGACAGCAAUGCAAGCUUUCUCAGAGCUGCCAGGGCUGGGAAUGUGGACAAAGUAGUCGAAUUCCUAAAGGGAGGAAUCGAUAUCAAUACAUGUAAUCAGAAUGGACUCAAUGCCCUUCAUCUUGCUGCAAAAGAAGGCCACGUGGCUUUGGUUCAGGAAUUGCUGGAAAGAGGAUCUGCAGUGGAUUCUGCCACCAAGAAAGGCAAUACUGCGCUGCACAUUGCAUCCUUGGCAGGACAGGAUGAAGUGGUCAAGGUUCUGGUUAAAGAAGGAGCCAAUAUUAAUGCACAAUCUCAGAAUGGCUUUACUCCAUUAUACAUGGCAGCUCAAGAAAACCACAUUGAAGUGGUGAAAUACCUUCUGGAAAAUGGAGCCAAUCAGAGCACUGCUACUGAGGAUGGCUUCACUCCAUUAGCAGUUGCAUUGCAGCAAGGGCAUAACCAGGCAGUGGCUAUCCUUCUGGAGAAUGAUACAAAAGGGAAAGUGCGUUUGCCGGCAUUGCACAUUGCUGCCAGGAAAGAUGAUACCAAGUCAGCAGCACUUCUGCUCCAGAAUGAUCACAAUGCUGAUGUUCAGUCUAAGAUGAUGGUGAAUAGGACAACCGAGAGUGGUUUCACGCCUUUGCACAUAGCAGCACACUAUGGAAAUGUCAAUGUAGCAACACUUCUGCUCAACCGGGGAGCUGUUGUGGAUUUCACAGCAAGGAAUGGAAUCACUCCACUGCAUGUGGCUUCCAAAAGGGGGAACACAAACAUGGUGAAGCUCUUGUUGGAUCGUGGAGGGCAGAUUGAUGCCCAAACCAGGGAUGGACUGACUCCACUCCACUGUGCUGCGCGGAGUGGACAUGAUCAGGUGGUAAAGCUCCUCCUGGAGCGAGGUGCCCUACUUCUUCCCAGGACCAAGAAUAGACUUUCUCCUCUUCAUAUGGCUGCUCAAGGUGACCAUGUGGAGUGUGUCAAACACCUACUUCAGCACAAAGCUCCCGUGGAUGAUGUGACACUGGAUUACCUGACUGCCCUCCAUGUGGCUGCACACUGUGGCCAUUAUCGUGUCACCAAACUUCUGCUGAACAAGAAAGCAAAUCCAAAUACUUUUGCUUUGAAUGGUUUUACUCCACUGCACAUUGCUUGCAAGAAAAAUCGCAUUAAAGUCAUGGAACUGCUGGUGAAAUACGGGGCUUCUAUCCACGCUAUAACAGAGUCUGGCCUCACCCCAAUACAUGUGGCUGCAUUUAUGGGUCAUUUGAACAUAGUUCUCCUUCUGCUGCAGAAUGGAGCCUCUGCAAAUUUCAUUAACAUUCGUGGUGAGACAGCAUUACACAUGGCUGUUCGUGCAGGACAGGUGGAAGUGGUGCGCUGCCUCUUAAGGAAUGGUGCUAUGGUUGAUUUCCGAGCAAGGGAGAAACAGACUUCACUGCAUAUUGCCUCUCGCUUGGGAAAAACAGAAAUUGUCCAGCUAUUGUUGCAACACAUGGCAUAUCCAGAUGCUGCAACCACUAAUGGUUAUACACCAUUACACAUCUCUGCCCGAGAAGGUCAAGUUGAUAUAGCAUCAGUGCUCUUGGAGGCAGGUGCAGCACACUCUUUGGCAACCAAGAAGGGAUUCACGCCACUGCAUGUGGCAGCUAAGUAUGGAAGCCUAGAUGUGGCAAAACUCCUGUUGCAGCAUCAUGCAUCUCCUGAUUCUUCUGGAAAGAAUGGGCUCACUCCCCUCCAUGUUGCCGCUCAUUAUGACAACCAGAAGGUGGCACUACUGUUGCUGGAGAAAGGUUCUUCUCCCCACGCUACUGCCAAGAAUGGAUAUACACCCCUACAUAUUGCUGCUAAGAAGAACCAGAUGCAGAUAGCCACAACCUUGCUGAAUUAUGGAGCAGAGACCAAUAUUUUGACCAAACAAGGAGUAACUCCUCUUCACUUGGCCUCUCAAGAAGGUCAUGCUGACAUGGUGAACUUGCUUCUGGAAAAAGGUGCCAAUAUCCAUGUAGCCACAAAGAGUGGACUGACAUCUUUACAUUUAGCAGCUCAAGAAGAUAAAGUGAAUGUAGCAGAUAUGUUGAUAAAGCAUGGGGCAAACAAAGAUGCUCAGACUAAGCUAGGUUACACUCCAUUAAUUGUGGCUUGUCACUAUGGGAACAUUAAGAUGGUCAACUUUCUCCUAAAGCAAGGAGCUAAUGUUAAUGCUAAGACAAAGAAUGGGUACAGACCUCUGCAUCAAGCUGCUCAGCAAGGUCACACACACAUCAUCAAUGUUCUUCUCCAGCAUGGGGCCAAACCAAAUGCAACCACUGCGAAUGGUAAUACUGCCUUAGCGAUUGCAAAGCGUCUGGGAUACAUCUCCGUGGUUGAUACAUUAAAGGUUGUAACAGAGGAAGUAGUUACCACCACAACUACUGUAACUGAGAAACACAAACUCAAUGUACCAGAAACCAUGAGUGAAGUCUUAGAUGUUUCUGAUGAGGAGGGCGAUGAUACCAUGACUGGAGACGGGGGAGAAUAUCUUAGACCAGAAGACUUGAAAGAACUAGGUGAUGAUUCCUUACCUAGCAGCCACUUCAUAGGUUGUAUGAAUUACCUGAGGCACAGCCUGGAAGAAGGCCGAUCUGACAGCCUGCGAUCUUUCAGUUCAGACAAGUCCCAUACGCUGAGCCACAUCUCCUAUCUGAGGGACAGCACCAUGAUUGAUGAUGCAGUUGUUAUCCCCAGCCACCAGGUAACCACACUGGCCAAAGAAGGUGAAAGAACUUCAUAUCACUUAAGCUGGAGUCCUGAUACCCUGGACAAUGUUUCUCUUUAUGAUGGCCCUAUACAUUCUAGCUGCCUGGCUUCAAAAAAGGACAUUGGAUCAUUGCUAACAAGCCACUCCUCUCCAUGUUUUGAACAUGACAACAGCAGUUUCCUGGUCAGUUUUAUGGUGGAUGCGCGAGGUGGUGCCAUGCGGGGGUGCAGGCACAACGGACUUAGAAUCAUUAUUCCACCUCGGAAAUGCACUGCUCCAACUCGAGUUACCUGCCGGUUGGUCAAACGCCAUAGACUGGCCACCAUGCCUCCAAUGGUGGAAGUAGAAGGGUUGGCUAGCCGAAUCAUUGAGGUUGGACCGUCUGGUGCUCAGUUUCUUGGUAAACUUCACCUGCCUACGGCUCCUCCCCCACUUAAUGAGGGAGAAAGUUUGGUCAGCCGAAUCCUUCAGCUGGGGCCUCCAGGGACCAAAUUUCUUGGGCCUGUGAUUGUCGAGAUCCCCCAUUUUGCGGCUCUGCGGGGUAAAGAAAGGGAGCUGGUGAUCCUACGCAGUGAGAAUGGAGACAACUGGAAGGAGCAUUUCUGUGAAUAUACAGAGGAUGAACUAAAUGAAAUCCUCAAUGGAAUGGAUGAAGUACUUGAUACUCCAGAAGAACUGGAGAAGAAACGCAUUUGCCGUAUCAUCACUCGAGACUUUCCACACUACUUUGCAGUAGUGUCACGGAUCAAACAAGAUAGUAACCUCAUUGGACCUGAAGGCGGUGUGCUCAGUAGCACAGUAGUACCUCAAGUACAAGCCGUCUUUCCAGAGGGAGCUCUUACAAAGCGAAUUCGUGUUGGUCUUCAGGCCCAACCUAUGCAUCAUGAGCUUGUAAAGAAGAUUUUAGGCAACAAAGCCACAUUAAGCCCUAUUGUCACAUUGGAACCUAGAAGAAGAAAGUUUCACAAACCUAUUACAAUGACUAUUUCUGUUCCCAAAGCCUCCAAUGAUAUGAUGAUUAAUGGAUAUGGGAAUGAGGCACCCACUUUAAGAUUACUAUGCAGCAUUACAGGUGGAGUAACACCUGCUCAGUGGGAAGACAUUACAGGAACAACACCAUUAACAUUUGUCAAUGAAUGUGUUUCCUUCACCACAAAUGUGUCUGCCAGGUUUUGGUUGAUAGACUGUCGACAAAUGCAUGAAUCUGUUACCUUUGCAUCUCAAGUUUAUAGAGAGAUCAUCUGUGUUCCCUACAUGGCCAAAUUUGUAGUAUUUGCCAAAUCUCAAGAUCCCAUAGAAGCCCGACUAAGAUGCUUUUGCAUGACAGAUGAUAAGGUUGAUAAAACUCUAGAACAACAAGAAAACUUUUCUGAAGUUGCUCGAAGCCGGGAUGUAGAGGUCCUAGAAGGAAAACCCAUCUUUGUGGAUUGUUUUGGAAAUCUAGUGCCAUUAAUAAAGAGUGGCCAACACCACAUAUUCAGUUUUUAUGCCUUCAAAGAAAAUAGACUACCAUUGUUUGUCAAGGUUCGAGACUCAACUCAAGAACCUUGUGGACGCUUGUCAUUCAUGAAGGAACCCAAAUCAUCAAGGGGCUUAGUGCAUCAAGCCAUUUGCAAUCUGAAUAUCACACUACCAGUUUACACAAAGGAAUCUGAAUCAGAUCAAGAACAGGAAGAAGAGACUGAGAUGUCAUCAGAAAAACAUGAUGAUGAAACAGAAUCUACAGAAACAUCUAUCCUGAAAAGUCACCUUGUCAAUGAAGUUCCUGUCCUAGCCAGUCCAGACUUGCUAUCUGAAGUCUCUGAGAUGAAACAAGAUUUAAUUAAAAUGACUGCCAUCCUGACAACAGACUUAUCUGAAAAGCCAGGCUCCAUUAAGGUGAAAGAUUUUGCCAAAGCUGCUGACGAAGAACCUGGAGAGCCCUUUGAGAUUGUGGAAAGAGUGAAAGAGGACUUAGAAAAAGUAAAUGAAAUUCUGAGAAGUGGAAGCUGUCCGAAAGAAAAACCAGUUCUUCAGAGAUCCAACUCAGGAAGAGAACUGGUAGAAGAAGAAUGGGUUAUUUUAAGCGAUGAAGAAAUUGAAGAAGCCAAGCAGAAUGUUCCUUUAGAAGUUGCUGAGCCACUUUGUACAGAAAUGAGAAUAGGAAAAGGAAAAACAGAGAAAGGAACAAAAGAUGCUACUGGAAUGGUAGAUUACCUCAGUGAUGAUCUAAAAGCUUUUGUGUCUUUGAAUGAAGUGCAUCCAAAGACAAUUCAGGAAGACAUAGUAGGAGAAAAAUGUGAAGUUGUUAUUUUAAACAGAGGUUCUGAACCAGGUAAGGGAGACCAAGAGAAACAAAGGCAGCACAAACCUACCUUGGAAAUUAAAAAGACUGUUAGGAAAAAAUUAAAAUAUAAGCCAAAGGCAAAUGAUGAAGAAGACCAAGCAAAAGAAAAACAUUCAGGGCUAACUAAAUUCAGCUCUGAAGAGUCAUUAGAUGAAGAGUCAGGCUUAGCCCCUGCACAACCUGCCAAGGCAACUGCUGUGUCUCCUGUUGUAGAAGAAAUUCCUAUUGGUUUUAUCAAAGAUAAAGUGAAAGCGUUUCAGAAGCGAGUAGAAGAUGAGCAGAAAGGACGUUCAAAAUUGCCUGUCAGGGCCCCAGGAAAAGAAGGGACAACUGAGAAGUCUGUUACAAAGCCUUCACAAACAAAGAAAAUCAUUUACAAAACAAAGAGUCCAGCUUGUCCCCCUGCUUCAAAGUCUGCAGCUUAUCCCCUUGCCUCAAAGACUCCAGCUUCUCUGUCUUCAUCAAAGACUCCAGCUUCUCCCUCUCCAUCGAAACUCUCAUCUCCCUCUGCUAAGAAGCCAGCUGUUUCUCCCACUUCUAAGAAGCCCCCUGUUUCUCCCACUACUAAGAAGCCAGCUGUUUCUCCCACUUCUAAGAAGCCCCCUGUUUCUCCCACUACUAAGAAGCCUGCUGUUUCUCCCACUACUAAGAAGCCUGCUGUUUCCCCAACAACUAAGAAGCCUCCUAUAUCACCGUCUUCCAAAACAGAAAGACUCGAAGAGACUAUGUCUGUUCGUGAACUGAUGAAAGCAUUCCAGGCAGGUCAAGACCCCUCAAAGCAUAAGGCUGGACUUUUUGAGCAUAAGCCUAUCAAGCAAAAACAGCAAGCUGCUGACAAGGAGCCAGCUAAGAAAGGUACUGCUCAGGCAGAAAGUGAAAAGAAGCAGGCCCUUACACAAAAAGAGACCCCCAAAAAAGACAGCCCCAAAAGUAAACGGGGUCAGGAACCUCAGGCAGAGACAGGUUUGCAAUUGAAAAAGGAAACAAAGAAUAUACCUCUGAAGAAAGGUUUAGCCACACAGCAGGCAAAACAGCAGAGUAGCAAAACCACAGGAAAAAAAUCCCCAGUUGUUGAUGAAAGUUCUAAGGCUGUAGCCCUGGUCGUUGAUGACCAAGGGGACCCUGACCUCCAGAUCAGUCCAGACAGAAAGACAUCAACAGAUUUUUCGGAAGUCAUAAAAGAAGAGCUUGAGGACAAUGACAAAUACCAACAGUUCCGGAACAUUUCAAUUACCGAGGAAGAUCAACAGGAUGAUCGAGAAAGGACAGAAGAAAGACUAGCACAUAUUGCUGAUCAUCUUGGAUUCAGCUGGACAGAACUAGCAAGAGAACUUGAUUUCACAGAAGAACAAAUUCAUCAGAUCCGAAUUGAGAAUCCUAAUUCACUGCAGGACCAGAGUCAUGCACUGCUCAAAUAUUGGCUGGAAAGAGAUGGGAAACAUGCCACAGAUUCAAGUCUCACCGAUUGUCUUACGAAAAUUAAUAGAAUGGAUAUUGUUCACCUAAUGGAGAGUAAUGUGGAAAUGGUUCGAAAUCAUGGUCACACUUAUGCAGAAAUUGAACAGUCAAUGGGAUUGGAUCACAGUGAAGGGUUUUCAGCACUCCACGAAGAUCUGUAUAGCACAAGGGAUAAGAAGGAGGAAGAACAUUCUUUCUCUAAAGAUAGUGAGAAAUCUGAUCACCCUCCACUUGUUUCUGAAGAAGAUCUUUCAGUCACCUAUUCACCUUUGCAUGAAAGCACACCCAGAGUUGAAGCAGAGGUAUCUGUUGUCGAACUCCUACGACAAACACACAAAGAUCGAGUGGAAGCAGAAUUCUCAGGGACACCAGACACUCUGACGGAGGAUUCAUCUGCUGUUACACAAGAGUACUUAGUCACAACUUCUGUAAUAGCCAAGACACAGGCAUCCAAAGCUGGAAAAACAGCAAGUACUGCAAGUGAAAAGACUGAGGGCUCCACUGCAGUAUCUGAGGACCUUGAGAGAACAUUCCUCCAUACCCCAACAUCAAGUGAGCGAACUGAUUCACCCAUUGUGCAAGAACCAGAAGACCAUCACUAUCAUCAAGAAGAUAUCCAUCCCAGAAAAAAUAGCCUAGUAAUAGUAGAAUCAAUUGAUGAACAGCCAGAAAAAUCAGAAAGAUAUGAAGAGGAGUUAUUGGAAAAAGAAAUAGCAGAGGAAUUAGGUGAGCUGGAGGCCAGCUCAGAUGAGGAACAGAUGGUAACAACCAGGGUCGUUCGCCGCCGGGUGAUUAUUCAGGCUGAUGAUAUGCUUGAAAUGCCACCAGAAGCCGUGACAGAAGAGCAAUACACUGAUGAACAUGGACAUAUUGUAGUGAAGAAGGUCACUAGAAAAAUCAUCAGGCGGUUUGUCUUACCUGAUGGCACAGAAAAAGAAGAAGUUGUGAUGCAAGGAGAGCCACAGGAACCUGUUACAGUAGAAGAGGGAGAUGGAUUUUCCAAAGUCAUAAAGCGUGUUGUGUUGAAGAGUGACAGUGAACAAUCAGAGCUGACCUUUGCCGAGCCGAGUGUUUUAUCUAGUGCCUCAGAAUUUCAGUCUGAACCAGUAGAAGGACGCAAAGUCAGCAAGGUUGUAAAAACUACAGUAGUUCAUGGGGAGCGAAUGGAGAAACAUCACGGAGAUAGCAGCUUAGCAACUGAUCUUCCAUCAGCCAAAGAUGACUUUGAAGAGGACAACAAUGAGUAAAGCCAGUACACAGAAGAGGACUGUGGUUAAGGACCAGUAUGGAAAUCGUAUUCACGUGGAGUUGCUGGAGGAUACACCAGAAGCGCUACCCCGUGACGACCUUCAGCAUGAUCUUCAGCAAUUGCUAAAACAUUUCUGCAAUGAUGAGUGGAAGAAAGAGGCCAAAUGAGAUGCUGCUAAAUCUCACCCACAGACCAACACACAUAUCCAUUUAAUAUACAGUGUUCACAUUCUUCUUUUGCCAUAGACAUUAUAAUUUACCAUAAUCAUUGGAGGACACUGAUAUUUCUAUUUUGGGAGUAUAGAAUAGGUCUUUUUUCUCAUUUUUUCUUCUUUUACAAUAUCUGUAAGCUAAUUUGUGACCAAAGAUAGCAUCCUUCAUUUGGGAUGGUUUGUCCACUAAAAGUCAUUGACUUCGUCCUAUACUGGAAACCUGUUAUAUUUGCCAUCUUUGUUCUUCCUUUGCUUUUACACCAGAUCCAUAAACACACAGUUUCUUCCACAGGCCUCUUCAUGUGACAAUGUACAUACAGUUUUUAAAGAGGGACAUUAACGUUAAUCUGUAAAUAGUUGAAGUGCUUGGACUCACAAAACUGAAAGAAAGAAACACUGCCUAUUGUGACUACUUUUAGCAUCAAAGACUCCAAGAUCUAUUGAAACUGUUGAAGAGCAAUUUAUGUGAUACUGCUAACACAAUUCAUUGAUAGAACUUGGAUCUCCUGACAUGGGAGCAUGUCAGAUUUCCUGUGUUUAUGGGACCCCCAGCUUAAUGAUCUACCUGACCUUGAAGAUUUUAGGAGUCGUGAUGAAAUCUCCAACUGUUUCCCUUUAAACACAGCUGAUUGCAACCAUCACAGCUUUUCUGACUCUUGGGAAGGCACCUAAAGACUUCCCGAAGAAGAAAUAAAUUCCCAGCUCAAUAUAGCUUACUAGCAGCUAUAUUUGUACCACAUUUGCAUACUGUAUUCACCUCUUUUAGACCAGGACUUGAGGCAGGGUGCACUAAACGGCUCUGAUUACUGUAAUUUCCUGUUUUCAUCACUGCUUUAGCAAACCACACUGUCUUAUUGGUGGUUCUUUCCGCUGGCCACUGCACUGUAUAUAACUUGACAGGAGGGAAAGAAACCCUUAUCCACUCUUAAAGGUUACUCUACAGUUAUCACAUUCUAUCAGGACUGUCUAUUAACCUGGUACAUGCAUGUGGCAUAGGAAAUGAAAACACAACCCUCCUGUGAUUAUGUCAAACGCUUCUAAUCUCUCUCAGCACUGAGCGAGCAGAUUUUUAUCUUCCAUUUGAGAUUUUUAUUUGAGGUUUUGCUUAGGGAAGGAUACCAAUCUAUCGGGCAUUUGACUUUUGUUAAUAUUUUAUUUAUAUUCAUUACUCACCUUUCAAGAAUAUGCUGUAAAUGUCUGCACUUUGGUUUUCCAAGAAGGGCACCUGUGGCUCUGGAAAUAUUCUGUGGUCUGUAUCUAAUUCUAAUAGUAGUCUGAAGCUCUGUAGCAUUUUAACAUAUAUAUGUAAUUAUAUAUAUUAUAUAUACAUAUAAAAUGAUAUACAUUUUGAAUCAGUUAUUUGAUAAAGACAAAGUAUAUACAACAAGGAUGAGACACGUCCUCCAGGGUUGAUAUUUUUCAAAACCUAGCUAGGUUUUCUUUUCUUGUAUAAAAAAUAUGACUCACUCAGUGCUCAGAAUUCUGGAAAUAAAUGUUACAAAUGGCACCUCCUCAUUAAGAUAACCAGGCUGAGAGAAAGGAAACAUUUUAUUGAAGAGGAUUUGAUUUCCUGCUUAAGAAGCUAUCCAAAGUGCUAUGCCAAAUAUUUAAAAAUCAUAGGCAAGCAGGCUGCAAACAAUCGUUGUGAUUCUGAAAAUGAAAAGAGACCCACUUCGGGAUACACAUAAUAGCUCAUUGUUCAUUGUCAAGAACAUCACUGGUUGACCUUCAAGACGGGCUCUACAAUAAAUGCAUUUCUGUUGUGUUAUUUGCGGUGCAGAUGAUGUUCUGUGUAACAGCAUAAUGGCUAUUCUCCUUUUUUGGUUUUGAUUUUUUGCUGUGUUAUCAGAGAACUUGAAUACUGUGAGAAGGUGAUUUUAAGUUGAUGAAUUGACAUCUUGUUCCCAUGGUGAUAACACUAACUGAAUAUAUCUAUGAGGGCAUGUAUUAGUUAAAAGAUUUAAAAAACAAACAAACAACAACACUAACAAUACAUAGCUGCAAUGUGUACAAUGGCUGAUUUAAUUAAAUAAAAAUGUACAAGUGUUAAAUGUA